AUGCCUUCUACGCGGACAUCUCGAGAAACACCCGGGGCGUGUGGCCGACUCGUGAGCAGCUGGAACUACAAUCGGAGGAAAUUCAAUAUCGGACAGGUCCGACUCGAGCCUGGCAUCCCGAAGCUGCUGGUGAAGAUUAACCCCACAGAUGCCGAAUCCUUCCAUGCCAAGAACCUCGGAGAGGUGAUUCUCCGCAAAGGCGUCACAAGCCGCAGCCAGGUGGCAGUGCUUCACAUGAGCCGGGGGACUGCAGCUGGGGAGGUCUUGAUGUCUGUGAAGCUUGCAGACCUUCUCGAUUUAGAGGAUGGACAGGGCGUAGAAGUGGUCGAGUCCUCAGUAAGAGCUCAGUGGCUUGAUGGCGUGAUUCUCCGCCAGCUCCUACCUCUUCGAAUUCAGCUGCGUCACGCGGGCGUGUCCCGACUGUGGCAGCUGUCAAUGCACCGCGGCAGGUUUGGCCACUUGAACGGCUUCGGUGGCUCCGGGCGAGGAGUCGAUCCUGGAGGCAGUUUCGACAAGCGCCAUAGCCCGGAAAAGGGCACUGCGUCCCUGUUCGACAACCGAGCAUCGCAGGAUAAUGGACGAAAAAACAUUUUACGUUCCGUGCACUCUGCACGCGGCGUCCGCGAGCGAAAUAGCUUGCCGACCCGGGCAAAUGUAAACCCAAUUGGUGCGGAGAAGCCCAAGGAUGAUGGAUACAUUCGGACUGGUUUGGAUCGUCGCCCAGGCUUCAUGACGCACCCGGAGGCCGCACAGGAUGCAGACGGAGCAGAAGUUCCUGGCAGAAGUCAAGCUUCGUCCUCACGAGGACGCCCUGGAGCCGUGCGACAGGGCGAGUCGUGCCGUGGAGCUGCGCAGCGUCCGAGCUCUGGGUUCGGAUUCUUGGACUGCUUUGGACGGGGAGCCGACUGCGCAGACCACAGAGGGGCUUCUGAGGAGCAUCAGGCUUUCUAUUCCUCCUCGGUUUUCGACGCCUAUCCCACACAGGAGUCUGGCCGCAGCACUGGCAGCAGCAUGCGGUACGCAUGUCUUUGGCAUUACUCUUUGGGCAACGCGGUUUCUGUGAGGAGCCGAGCACCAGCUGCAUCUGCCGGGAAGGCGCUGUGGCUUCGACUUGGCUUCCAUCCCUACACUUCUACCAAGGCGCCGGAUCGCCUUGGUGGCUGCAUUGAUGUGGACACUGCGGAGGCGGGUGCAAUUCUCGCUUUGCGUGACGAGCUGACGCUCUCAGGCGCGUCUUUCGUGGACUUGUUUUUGGCUGUGCAAGGCUGCCUUGGCCCGAGGCGGCCGCAGCCAACGCUGCGGGCCAUGCAGUGCCCACACCGGCUUCGGCUCGACAGGAGUGCAGAGGCCAGCGGCCAAGUGGGUGGGUGCCUGAGACAAGGUCAACCGACACUGCUAGGCCCUGAGAAGACGGACCCGGGUCCGGCCCCUUGCUUCGAGAAGCGGCGCUCGCAUGAGUGGCGCACAGAGGAGGAGGAGCUCUGUCGAAACACCAGCAUGCCAAAUGUGCAUUCGGUGCUCGGCCCGCCAAGCGGAGACAGCUUGCCGAGUCGCCCCGGGCCAGAUCAGGAUGCCCCCAAGGAAAGAAGCUGUAGGCGGAACGGAUGGGACCCUCAUUUCAGCUUUCCGAGCUACUCUGAGGACCGCUUUGAUAUCAAGGCCUGCAAAGCAGCUGGCACACAUGCUGGCGAAUCUGGUGCCAGCUCUCGUGCAGUGGUUGGCUAA